AGCAAAAACUAACAACUAAAUUUUAAAUCCAAAAACAAACUAAAUUAAAAUAAAAGAACUAAUAUUAUAAUUAAAUUAAAAUACUCAUUUUGUGAAAAUACAUGUAAAAACAGGGUAUCACAAACAUCGAGACUAGAUUGGCUGGUUUGAAAAGGAAGUAUCUUUCCAAAGGGGGUAGAAUCACUCUUAUUAAAAGGUGGACUUGGAAAUGAGAAAUAGUUCCACUUGACUAAAUGGGAUAAGAUUUGUUCCCCCCCCCCCCCCCUCCCCCCCGGCGGGGCACCCUUUUUUUCUUGUGGUGGUUUGGGGAUAUGAAAGCUGAGUACUUUCAACAAAGCCUUACUCGGGAAAUGGCUUUGGAGGUACCAUCAAGAAGGUGAUGCUUUAAGGGCUGGGAGGAUUGUUUUUUGCAGUUUCAAAUUUAAGGUGGGUCGAGGCACUAGGGUCAGAUUUUGGUUUGAUGUCUGGUGCAGUGAGACUGCUGUCAAGGAGUCUUUUCCUUCUCUUUUCAAAAGAGCAUCAUACAAGGAAGCUUCAGUUGCUGUUCAUAUGGACAUUUCAAAUGGCCUGCUGCAGUGGAAUGUGCCAUUUAUAAGAGUAGUGCAAGAUUGGGAACUGGGAGAUAUUUCUAACUUACAAUGUGCAUUGACUUUGGAGCAUGGUGUAGCGGGCAAACUGUUGUGGAUUCAUCCCGGGAACUAGAACUUCUUAGCAAGGUCAUUUUAUAAUGCUUUGACUUCCCAACCUUCUACUACAUUCCCUUGGAAGCGUAUUUGGAAAAGCAAAGUGCAUGUAAAAGUUGUUUUUUUUGGUUAGCUGGUUUCUCAUGGAAAAGUCCUAACCAAAGACAAGCUGAGGAAGUGCAGUAUUUUCAUAAUGGAUUGUUGCUUUAUGUGCAAAAGGAAUGGAGAAUCAACAGACCACCUUCUUCUCCAUUGUGAUGUGGCGAAGGCUCUUUGGGAUGAUAUAUUUGCAAGGAUGGAUAUGGAAAAUGGUGCCUUUAUGGUGUAUAUGGAACGAGUGGAAUGGACGUUGCUUUGUUGUGCAGGAAAGGCAUCAGUCAUGAUGGAUCUGAUCACGUUGUUUUCUGAGUUAGCGGCUACCCUCAUAAUUUUGGUGACAAGGCCUUGUUCGCUUUUCAAACUAGCAUGCUUCUUCACUAUGAAAACUGUUUUCAUCGUAAUUCACACUUGGAUGGAGUUGGUAAGGGCUACAUUUGGCUUCCACGUGAAUCUAUUCUCCAGAACCAUGGUGUUGACAGUUGCGCUUAUAUCUCUGCCUGUACGAAUUUUGAAUGCCUUAAAGAGAGAGAGACAGCUUGAAUUGUAUCUGCAUGAUAUCCAGAUCGAGUUGGAGAAUCUUGAAUGGGAUAGGAAGGAAUUGGUAGACGAUCUUCGAACAGCCAUUAAAGAACGUAAAAGGAUGGAGUUGAUAUUAGCAGAGGUUGAAGAAGAACAUGACAAGGCCAUUGCCAAAAUUGAACAAUUAGAGGGUGAGUUUCAGGAUCUGAAAAAUGAGAAUCUUCGGCUGAAAGAAAUUAAGGAUGAGGUUUAUUGGAGCAUUAAAGGUCCAGAUGACAUGGACAAUGGCCAAAACACUGGCUUUUCUGAAAGCUCUGGCAUUCCCUAUGGGAUCUCGUCAUGGAAAUCCAGUUACAAUGGAAGUGGUAUCUUUCUCCAAGACCCGAUGAUGUCCAAAGACACUUGGGGAGAUGAGGAAAAACCUAAAACAAAGUUUCUGAAUUUCUUAAAAGCCCGCAUCCAGCCACUUAACCCUGACAUCAUCUCCAGACAAUUAGAUAUGGAUGAAGUUCUUGGCCAACGCAGGGAGGUUGCAAUGUCACAUAGCCUUUUCAGUGCGGUGUUAUCACUUUUGGUUGGAAUAAUUAUCUGGGAAGCUGAAGACCCGUGCAUGCCCCUUGUGGUUGCCCUCUUCACGGUUGUUGGCAUGUCCUUGAAGAGUGUAUUCGAGCUUUUCUCCACCAUAAAGAUCAAACAUGCUUCUGAUGCAGUCGCUCUCUUAAGCUUCAAUUGGUUCGUACUUGGCAUGCUUACCUACCCGGCACUGCCAAGAGUUGCCAGAAUGUUAGCUCCAAUGUCUUUAAUGGUUGUGGACAAACUUGUUAGCUCGCUUUGAUCUUUCCUGAGUUUAGAACUGCUUGGCUCUUUCCGUAACAUGUAAAUAUAUCAUAUACCAUGGAACAUGGUGUUUGUUCAUCUUGCUAAUGCUUCUUAUAGCUAUUGUACGGAAGCAGUGGUUAAGGCCUACUUUGGAUAUUGAGUUCAGAUGAUUUUUUUUUUUUC